AUGACAGAGAUCACGAUUCCUCCAGACUUGCGCGCCACAAGUCAUGGUGACAACAGAUCGACGCGACACAUUGAGCCGCUUACUGUCGAGGACGACGCACAGGAAUUUGAGUUGACUGGCCUCAGCCUGGUCACGGUAAUAUCUGGACUGGUGCUUGCCAUCUUUCUGGUAUCGCUCGACUCAGCAAUAGUUGCGACAGCAAUCCCGUACGUGACGGCGGAGUUCAAAUCUGCUGGCGACACUGCUUGGUAUGGAAGCGCAUACACACUUGCGACCUGCGCAUUGCAACCAAUCACCGGCAAGCUGUACGCCAAAUUGUCUAUCAAGGUAGACUUUGUAAUGGACAUUUUCUGA